CUCGCCAGUCCUGCCGCGGCGUGCUGAGGUGCGGCCGCUCUGUCUCUUGCCUGUGCGUGUGUCGCGCUGUCCCCGCCACGCCGUGUGUGUAUGUGUGAGUGCGUGCGUGAGUGUUUACAGGUGCGCUGCCUUAGUCUAAACAUCGCCGAAUCAUUAGCCAGGACACGGCGCCGGUCAGUGUAUAGUUUCUUUUCAAAAUCUUUUAGAAAGUUUUAAGCGUUGAUAUGACCCGUGUUGAGGGAGUUCCCAUACGUUUCGACGGCGCGGAGCCAGGAGGGUCAGCCAGGCCCGGGCUGCGGCGAGCGUGUGGCACCACAUCUGGGCAUCAGAGUGGGCACAGCAGUAAAGCACCGCAGUGACGUGUCAUUAAAUGCCUGUUCUUUGUGUGGCGCCAGUUUUUGUUCCUCGUGUCAUUAGUGCAAGUGCGUAAAGAGCUUCAAGCAGGUGUUGUCGAGUGCGGCCUCUGAUGUGCCCAGAGGUGGUCUCCUAUUGCGACCUUCCAUCGAACUUGUGAACUUUGAUUGGCUCCUGUCUGCCUGCGGUUGUGCCUGUGGGGAUAUACCCGAGUAACAAAGCAGACGCGUGUUUUUUUUAUACCCGACAAACAAGCAGCAGACAGUUCUACGGUUGACCAUUCGCUGGGCAGACACCACUCUUGUUGGUGUCAGCGAACAAGCGGACAAGAAAGCACAAGCAUCCACCACAAUGUCUUCAGCUGAUGGGGACGUGGAGGAAGGGCGGCGAAACCCUCUGGGGUUCCGGCCUCGGGCGCCUAAAAUCGGCAAUCUUCCCAGACACUCCGCCAUCGAGGAGGAUGGUGAUGGCGGGGGGCGCUGUGCCCUGGGAGUGGCCGCCCUCAAGCGCCACCCCCAGCAUCCUGCGGCUUCCUUCAGGGACGAGGUAGCGACGCACGACACCGGAUACUUCAGGAAGGACUCCCGCACGCCCGACGACGUGUCCACCACCACCACCACGACGCACGCAGCGCCCCUAGACACGCGGGUGACGGGACGGUGUCAGGCCGUGGUGGCGGUGCGGGCGGCGCCGGAAAAACCCGCGGGCUGCGGCAACGCUUCCUCCUGUAAGAGCCGCGAUACCCCCGGAUGCGCCGCGCCUUCCAUCAACGGCCAUCCCUGCGGCGACGGCGAGAAGGGGUGCGAGCGCGGCGGCGGGAGAUGCGAGGCGGGCAGCAAGGUGGAGGACCUGACCCGCGCCGCCGCCUCGCUGUCCAUCGCCGCCCAGAAGGGCGUCCCCGCGAGCCCCGCCGCCUCCUCCGGCCCCAGCCAAGCCGAGGGGGCGCCCAAGCCGAGCAAGGACGAGCCGGACCUCAUCAAGACCGAGGACCCCUUCCCGACCACCUUCAAGAUCCCGACUCCGGGCGGGUCCUUCACGGAGCACCGGCCGGGGCGCAGCGUGUGCGAGGAACUCCGCCAGCUGUCGCGGGUCAACUCGCUGGUGGAGCGGGGCUCCCUGGCCAACAUCCGCUCGACUUCCGUUGACGAAAACGGGCCCGUGUCGGGCGGGGGGCACGGAGGCCAGGGGGGGACCGCCUCCGGUAGGGGCACGCACAUCGCGCGGCUCAUUCAGUCGAAGAGCGUCAACAUGGGCGAGCGCCCCAUCUACCCCAACGUGCCCUUCUCGCCCUACGGCUCCCCCUGCUCCUCCCCCCGGCUGCGGCGCCGCCCCCUCAAGGAGUCGCGCCGCGUCAGCAUCGAGAAGAACGGGGAAUACAUCCAGCUCAACCAGUACAAACUCAAGGAACCCAUCGGGCAGGGUUCUUACGGCAUCGUCAAGUUAGCCUACAAUGAAGAGGACGAUACCCAUUACGCUAUGAAGAUCCUGUCGAAGAAGAAGCUGAUGAAGAAGCAUGGCUGUUUUGGCCGAGCUUGGACCAUAGGCGGCGAGACAGAGGGAUCGCCGCACGCCCGUUCCCUCAGCCCGUGCCACCGCCUCGCCAGCUACUCGCCGCCCACUCUCAGAGUGAAGGGCCGGCUGCCGCCCCCGCGCGCGUCGGGAGGCCGGCCGAUCGAGAACCCGCUGGACAGAGUGCACCGCGAGAUCGCCAUCCUCAAGAAGCUCAUCCACCCCAACGUCGUCAAGUUGGUCGAAGUCCUGGACGACCCGGAUGAGGAUAACUUUUACAUGGCAUUUGAGCUCCUGGAGAAGGGCGAGGUAAUGGAGGUGCCGACGGACACGCCCCUUACGGAGGACCAAGCGUGGGGCUACUUCAGGGACGUCGUUCUUGGCAUAGAAUACUUACACUACCAGAAGAUAAUCCACCGCGACAUUAAGCCAUCGAACCUGCUGCUCGGGGACAACGGCCACAUUCAGAUCGCGGACUUCGGGGUUUGCAACGAGUUCGAUGGCCAGGACGCCUUCCUCACCAACACGGCGGGAACACCUGCUUUCAUGGCCCCUGAAGCGCUCUCCACGUCGCGGCAUAAAUAUUCCGGGAAGGCCGCAGACAUCUGGGCAAUGGGCGUGACUUUGUAUGCCUUCGUUUACGGGAAACUUCCAUUCCACGAUGAAAAUAUUGUUGUGUUGUACGAUAAGAUCCGGAACGCGCCCCUCGUGUUCCCGCCCGCGCCGUUCGUAUCCGAUGAUCUCAAGGAUCUGAUUAGCCUAAUGUUAGAAAAGGAUCCUGCUAAGAGAAUAACGCUGCCAGAUAUUAAGCAACAUCCCUGGGUGACAGCAGGUAAUCAGUACCCGCUGCCCACCGAAGAGGAGAACUGUGUACUGAUCGAGGUAACGGACGAGGAGGUCCAGACGUGCGUGCGGUCGAUCCCCAAGCUGGAAACGCUAAUCCUCAUCAAGUGUAUGCUCAAGAAACACAGCUUCCACAACCCGUUCAAGAUGAACGUGCUCAUCAAGGAGCAGUUUGCGCGUGCUGGACGGUCGCACUCGGCGCCUGGUUCGUAUGAGUUCUACUUGGACAGGAAGAGGUCGCUUGAUAUCACACUCCCAGCAGUAGAUGAACUGGAGGUCUGCGGGGAGGACAGAUGAUGUGACGGCCCAUCACUUGGUGCAGUGCAGAAGGAAAUCAUCAUCAUGAUGUGCUUGUUACAGUUUUUAAAAUGAUAUAAAUGUAAAGAACAUGAUAAACUUAAAAACUCUCUCAAAAAACUUACCUCGUUGUUGUUGGUUUCUCAUUAACUUCUUAAGAUCAUUUAUUGAAUACAUAUAACAGGAUGCAACACUGUAUCCUUUAAUGCAAUAAAAUGUGUAUCUGCUGUUUUAAGUGAGAGAAAGCUGUGCCAACACAAUAAAGCGUAGCUGCUCUAGUAAUGCAUAAAUAGAGAAGAGAUUUUGCAAGGGGACAAAGCAGGUAAAAGUGAGCAGUGAAUAUAAUGCAUGCAGCGGUGCUAGAAAAGGCAGGCAAGGCAAUUGUUGGUUAUGUUUUGAAGAGAUGUUUUGGCUAAGAUGUCUUACACUGCCAGAAAACUGAAAUAGUGUAGACUGAGCACUUAGAAAGUUUCAUGUUAUUUUUGGAUCAGUAUGUAAGAGUUUUGAAGUGUUUUUGUCUUGGCUAAAAUCUGCUACAAUUUAUAUUUAUUACCCCACCAACAGGAGAAUAAUGGUUGAUUAAUUUUCUUGCAUUAGAUUUCAGGAUGUAGCUAAACAGUGAUAUUCUUACUUUAUGUUCUAAUAAAGUAAAUCAAGUAAAUAUUCCAGCAAGAAAAAUAGAAAACAUUAGUUUUCAUUGGCUUGAUGGAAAAUCAUGCAUAUGUGCACAGUAAAUUUAAUAGUUUUAUAUGAAGGUAACUAAUAACUACUGUCAUCUGUGAUGUUUGGUAGCCUCUCCCAGUCUUUUUGACAAUCUUAUGAUCUGAUAGAAUUUGUUGCAGAUCACUUUUAUUUUUAAUUUAUGUGAUUACACAAUUCAUGCUAAUAAAAAAAAAACACAUCCAGUUGCUAUAAGUUGUUUAUACAUAGGGGCUUUUAUGUAACAUUUAGGUCCCAUUGUACAAGGAGGUAGAAGUACUACAUUCAUUUUUAUUUUUAUGGGGGUUUGUAUACAUAAGCAACAUCUUUUUUAACAUAUAGAUCAGAGCUUUUUGACUGUUGUUUAAUGCAUUGGGACUUGGUUUGAAUUCUGGUUCAUGCUAGGUCACAACUCAAUGUCUUUGGGCUGUUCUGCUGCCAUCCGGGUUAAUAACAGUUACUGAAAGGCCUAUUCCAUAAGGUGUACUGGGAUUAAAAAAUAAGAGCAUCCAUGUACGGGAGGAAAUGACACAAGAAUUAGUUAAUGGUUCAUCCAGACUAAUCUGUCAUGUGUGAGGCUGGGCUGUGAGUGUUAAACAUCGUUGAAGCAUCUGAAAAGUGCUGUUCACUGACAAGACGUUUAUUUCUAGAAUGUUAUAAAUGCAUAAUUUCUUAUUACUUGAACCAUUGCAUUUUUGAUGUUGUGCUAGAUUUAAAUACAGUAAUAUAACUCAGUGAUAUAUAAGUACACUGUUUUGCUUAAUAUUAAUACAAUGCCAUAGAGACUGGCUGUGCAAAGUCUCCGUUAAUUAUUCUGUGAUUUUCUGACUAGCAUAUUUAGGUCAAUAUUUCAGUGUUCCAUAAACUGUAGACUACUCUGGGACAAGUUCCCAUUGAUGGCACAUCAUGGCAGUAAUCAUAAUGAUGUCCUAUUGGUAUUUGGUAAAAUUAUACAUAAUGUUAAAGUCUUUUGCAUGAGCUGUUACCUUUUAAAGAUGUUUAAGACUUGAAGUAUCCUAACUAUUCAUAUUAAACAAAAUAUUUGCCUCACUGAUAUGCCAGUGUGAGGAGGCAGAGAGUGGACUGCAGGUUUGGCUCAGUGUUUGUCUCGUGGUACAAGAUACAGUUCCCAGCAUGCAAAGUUAAACAAGCCUCCCUGUGAACUGAUUUCACUUCUAUGCAAAAAAUGAACAUUUUAAAGGAAUUUAGCAUCAAGUGUCUGUGUACUAUUUUUUUCUUGUUAUAUACAGUUUAAUUAUAUUUUUAUUUCAAAUUCAAAUUUCAGAUUACCUUCUGUUCAAUGUAACCUAUUAAAUUGAAUCAUAUAAUGAAUGAGAAAAAAAAAAAAAAGACUUCAAAUGUCUUUGGAAAGGCAAUAAAUUUGGUCGUAGAAAGUGAGUUGAACAGUUGAUUGUUCUACAUGUUGUGUCCUCUGUGUUACAGUGUAGUUCAUAUAUGCAACUUGUCAAUUUAUAAAUCACAUGUCUAUUAUUAAUGCAUUUAUAACUGAUACACAUGUUAGACAUCUUUUUUCAUACAUAAUGAAUCAGUUUUAUUUAUUUGGAUUUCCAAUAUAGAAAUAGGGUUAGUGAAUGGCUUUAAUAAAUUUAAAAUAUGAUCAUUGGUUUGUAUACAAUGUUAUUUUCUGUCUUGUAAUUGCUAUCUUCAGUGGUUGACACACGCCAGAUGCUAAAAAGUAUGUCAUGGGUUAGUCCUCCCAACCCAAAAAAUUUAAUAUAAUGAUUCUAGAACUUCUUCCAGAGCUGCAGGUGUCUACCACUGACUGUUAAUUAAUUCUGGUCAAGUGGAUAUCCUUCUUUGAAUCAGAUUGUUUCCACAAUGGUAUAGUUUGUUUCAGAGAGGUAAAGGUAUCGAUAUUUUCGACAGUUGCUUUUAUAGUUUUAUGCUCAAUAAUAAAAAAAAAUUGUUUUUUUCUUUUCUCAAUGUUAAAAUAUUUCAUUUUACUUUAGGUAAAUUAUUAAAUUUAAGCACAAGUGAUUGAUUAAUAAAGAAUGAGCUCCAUUACACCCACAGAAAUUACUUUCCCCCAGGCUGUCUUGUGUUGCCAAACCUCCUGUACCUUUGGCAAGGAUACCUUUUCUGAAAAAAGCUCAUUGUGAAUUAUUAAUCUCCAAGGAGGAUUUCCACACAGCAAUACUUGUGACAGGGAAUAAAAAAGGCAGAAAACACUGUUAUAUACCUAAAGCUGGUGGUUCAGUUCAGGUGAUUUGCUGUACCUAUAUAAUGAGCCUACUUAUAUAGUACAGAGUUACUUUUGUCAACUUUCCAUUCAUGAGUUACAAUGUGUUAUUCUAUGCAAAAUGUGAAUGAUUUCUGAAGUAGUAAUGGCUGAGUAUGUUGCAUAACUUAUUACAGGCUUUUUUAAGACUCUCCCUUUCUUCUGCAACUGUAAAGUAUGUACAUACCAAUUAACUGAAUACGAUGUAGGAAUAACAUGUUUAUCUUGAUGAUAAACUAGAAUUAAUUGAUGAAAACAAAAUAUUUUUAAUAUCCAAUCCAAGGUUCAUGAUGCCAACUCCUGUUUUCAAGAUAAAAUUGAUUGUUUCAUUGCUUGACAAUGUUAAUACAUUGCAUCAUUCUAAUUAGUGUUUAAUGAACAAAUUUUGCAAUACAUAACAGGGUCUCUAUUAAUAUAUAAAUAACAAGUUUAAUGAAUACAGUUUAUUACAAUCACUUGAAACAAACUCUUACAUUGAGUUUAAAAUAUGUAUAAAAUUCCAAAAUCUAUAAAUAGCAGAGUUGCUGACAAUGACCAAAGCUUCAAAUUAAUUUGAAUGAUUAUGGACUGAGAAAAGCGGAAAAAAAACGUGAUGAGAUGGGACUUUUGUGAUUUCAUGAAGAAAAAGAUUUUUAGUAUUAAUGAAUGAACCAUUUGCAUUUUUUUUCUUUUUAUACUAUAAAUAAUGAAAUGAGUUUUAAAUAAAUAGAUGAAUCAAUAUGGAAAAAUAAAUGUUCUUGGACAUUUAUGUUACUGGUCUUUAUAUUCCCCAAAUCCAUAGAUAUUGAUUUCAGAAUUUUACAUUUUGAAAUGUCCAUCAUGACAAUUUCAGAAUUUCUCCAAGUUACUGCAGGGAAGCUGUUUGGAUACAGCUAAAUUCAUACAUCACUUAGCUUUUGGUAGUUAAAAAGAGGAAAAAAAAAAAUUACAUAAAUGUUUGGUAUGCACAGAAUGGAUGUGUAAGCUGGCAGGACAGAAUGAAAGGUGUUAAAAUGCUGGAAGUUAGAAAAUAGAACUCUGUACUUACCAAGAUACUGGGCUUUACAAGAAAAUCCCACUUCUUGUUCAUUGCAUGGAAUGUCCUACUGCACAUUUGUCAUAUGAAUAUUAUACAGAAUUUUAUGCAUUGAUGCAAAUUUCCAGUUUCAAUGUGUCCUGUACAUAAUAAAAAAAAAAAAAAAAAAAACUUUUUCUGUGUAACAUUUCAUAUCUGUUGGAAUUUCUAUUUUUAGACUGCAUCACUUUCUAUUAUCUAAGUGUUACCCAGUGACAUCCAGAUUAUUAUUUGUAUCUGGACGCCCUGAGGAUCUUUGCUAUUCUAUUAUUGUAUCUUGAAGGUACGAGAAAGUUCAUGUUUGUGACUUAUAACUUAUUAUGUACACUUCAAAUAAAUCAACAUUUGAAGAAUUC